AUGAUCAAUCUCGGCCUCCAACGUAUUUCCCAACUCCUCAACCCCCUCUUUACACACCACCCUACCCUACCUUGGAAAGCAGUUCACAUAGCCGGCACCAACGGCAAAGGCAGCGUCGCCUCACUAAUCUCCACGUUUCUUGCCAACUCAGGCUAUAAAAUCGGCCGCUUCACAUCGCCUCCCCUCAUCGACAGAUGGGACUGUAUUGCGCUGAACCAGCACCCCGUCGACCGCGAUAGGUUCCUCUCUAUCGAGAACAACGUCAAGAAUCGCAGCGUCUCACAGGGGUUGAAUGCAUCGGAGUUCGAGAUCCUCACAGCUAUGGCAUUCCAACUGUUCACGGACGAGGAAGUGGAUGUCGCCGUCGUGGAAUGUGGGUUGGGGGGCCGACUCGAUGCCACAAACGUUCUAAGGCCUCAGGAUGUCCUGAUCAGUGUGCUGACGAAAGUUGGCCUCGACCACACAGAGUUCCUGGGCGAUACGGUCGAGGCGGUGGCGGCGGAGAAGGCGGGGAUAUUUAAACCGGGCGUGCCCGUCGUCGUGGAUGAGAGUAAUCAAAUGAGCGUAUUGACGGUGGUUCGGGAUCGACUAAAGGAGCUGGGCUGGGGAAGUGAAGGUGACGAAGGGCGUUACCUUCUGUCGCCGGAACGAACAGCCGCGUUGGACAACGCGCUCGAUCGUAUCAACCUGGCGAAACAUCAAGAACAAAACGUUCGGACUGCAUAUACAGCUUACGAGCUGGCUGAACUGCGCCUGCCGCCGUCAAAUUCCAGCGUCAAGUCAACGUUAGAAACCCGCUCGAUCACCGUUCCCUCGGUUGACGAACGCCUUGCGAACACUACGCACAAUCUUCCUUUCCUCAUUUCCACAGCCCAGUCCUCCCUUCGCGGACGUCUCGAGAGGCUUACUCUACCAGCUCACCUCCUUCCAUCCAAUCGAGGCAAUGAAUCUGUCCCAGUUCUCCUCGACGGCAUGCAUAAUCCCCAAUCCGCACAGGCGCUGGCAGACUACAUCGGCACACACAUCCGACCUCGCUCAACUGCUCCUUUCACUUGGGUUCUAUCCGUGAAAAAUGACAAGGAUGUCCGAAAUAUCCUUUCCAUCCUGCUCAAGCGGUCCGAUAACGUUGUGACAUGCACGUUUGGACCCGUGGACCGAAUGCCGUGGGUCAAGAGCAUGGAUGCCACAGCGCUGGCGGGGAUUGCCAGAGAAUUCACGGAUGGAAGAGUUGAGGUCGCUCCGGACGGACGAGUGGACGAGGCGAUUCGAAGUGCCGUGAAGGUCGCGGGUAGAGGAAAGGAUGGGGAGGGGGGGAGGGACGGCCAGAUCUGUAUUGCUGGAAGUCUUUAUUUGGUGAGUGAUGUGUUGCGAUGCGUUAGGGACGGAGAAACAGGAUCAUCAAGGGCAGAACAGGACGAUUUUAUGUCGGAGCCUUGCUGA